ACACACACACACACACACACACACACACACACACACACACACACACACACAGAGGAGGCAGUGUGAGGAGUGGCACAUGCUGAGUAACAUACCGACCUGAAAACUACCAGCGUAAAGAUGGAGUUUGCCUGCAGUCAUGUUGUCUGUAACUGGAGGCCUGAGAGUCUAGCAGAAGGUCUUUUCACCACGCUGCCCUGUGGAUUGUCCAGAAAAGAAUCAGAGCAUCCUUAUGAUAACCGCAUUGCUGUCAUUCCAAAACCUACCCCUCCUUUAACACCACCACCUGUACCUCCUCGUCACUCAACAAAGAAACAGACACGACCCAUUUCAAUGCCACCUCCAAUACCACCUCGGGGAUUGGAGGGUAAAGGACAGGCCAGUAUUAAAGCCAAUGUCAAUGUGGUGUUACUCAAGGUAGGCAGUCUUGUGGACAUAAACAAAGCAUCCAGUAUACAGAGCAUUCAGAAACCAGUGCACUGUGGGAAAUGUAGAGCCAUCAUGUCCUCUGUGAGCAACUCACAAACCAGCCCAAAUACAUCAACAUGGUCUUGUGAGUUUUGCGGUAAUCAGAAUGUCCUCUCUCAGAAUGAGUUAAAAAUGGGCCGUUCUCCGCUGUGGACACCGCCAGGCAGAGAUGUGCUCUAUGUAGAUGAGGAGAUAGACACAGACUAUGUGAACCUAGAGGACAUGCUGGUGGUCUUCUGUGUGGACAUUUCUGGUAGCAUGAGCGUCACAUCAGAGGUGUCUCCUGGUAACAGCAUGAGAUCACCCACCUAUAUAUCACGAUUACAGGGUGUCCAAGAGGCCCUACAGUUGGCACUGUCCUCAUUGCUAAAAUCAUCACCACACCGUCGAGUAGCACUGGUCACUUUUAAUGAUGAGGUGACAGUGUAUGGCGACGGUACAGGCGUUCCUCUGAGUCUGCGAGACUGGGCUCUGGUAGACUAUGAUCAUGUAAGAGAGCAGGGAGAGAAGUACACCACACCACACUGCAUUGCUGAGACCUUCCAGUGCCUCACCCAAAGAGUCAAAGAAUUAAGAGAGCAUGGAGCCACAGCACUAGGUCCUGCAGCACUUAUCUCUGUUGCUAUGGCCUCUCAGUUUGCAGGUUCAAAGGUCAUAAUUUGUACAGACGGACAGGCCAACAUAGGCCUGGGCCAGUUAGAACAGGAGUCUGCAGCUUCAGUAUAUUUCUACAACCAGUUAGCAAGUCAUGCAGCAGAAAAAGGAGUGAUUGUGUCAGUGAUGACAUUUGAGGAUGAGGACUGCAGCUUGGCAGAGGUGGGAAAACUAGCUGACCACACUGGAGGCAGGAUCAAUAGGGUCAACAUUUGCACAGUUGGAUCAGAAAUUCAGACUGCACUGGCUGACAAUAUCUUAGCAACUAAUGUUGAGGCAACCCUGCUUGCACCUAAUGGCGUGUAUUACCCUUUUGAGGAGGACAACCACAGGCUGAUUAGAGAGAUUGGAAAUGUAACAAGUGGAAUGGAGAUCACGUUCCAGUUUGCUGUCAAACCAGACAGAGCUGAGAGUUUUCAGAGAAGAGACAGAGUUCCCUUCCAGCUGCAACUGUCAUUCAAAACUCGAGAUUUGAAGAAAGUAACUAGAGUCAUCACUCAGCAGAAACGUGUGACCACCAGCAGCUGGGUGUGGGCAGGGAGCCUGAACAUGGCUGUGCUGGGCGUUCACUGUGCCCAGCUAUGUGCCAGACUCACCAUGGAAGGCAGGGUCCAGGAGGCUCAACGUCAACUCAAAGCACAGCAGCACCUCCUCAAAGACAUCAGUGAACAGAAGCCAAGUCCUAAAGAAGAGAGUAUCUAUGGAAACUGGAUCAGUACCAUGAGUAUGAUCUGUGAGGACCUGAACCCAGAUACACAGGGUAACACAGGCAGCACCACCGUUUGCAAAGGACAAACACUUUCCACAGUACGUUCUGGAAGGGUUUGUCAGAUGAGGCAGCAAAAGUGGUGUACCAGAUGAAAAGGGUGACAAGUGUGGGUCAGACGGAGGAGAAAGCAGCUAUAUUAGAAAGUUGAGCAGAAGGUGGACUUAUUGUCAGAACAGUCAUGACUAACAUGAUUAACAGCAGACCACAAAACAGUCUGAACUGUGCAUCAGUAAUGGAAUAUUUCAUCUCAUAUGCUGCUGGUCAGUGGGUGGUAAUCCCUGUUAACACCAGUAACUAAAUUAUGGAGACUAAAGGCAACUGUAUUUAUCUAAAGGUUCUAAUAAAAUGCAAUGUUUUUCUCAUUACAGUAUCUGGACAAGGACAUAAUGCAGACACGUCCUCAUUAUGUCAUAUGCUCUUAUUAGUAAGAUCGUUUAAAGGUCUAUCAGAUAGUCCAAGUUUGGGCAAAAUUGUUUUGGUUUAGUAUAAUGGUGGCUUUCUGAAGCAAUCAGUAUUUCAGUAAGAACUUUUCAUUUAUUUUUUCAUGAAGUCAUAUUUCAAUAAAUCCUAAUUCACUGA